AUGGUGUUGAAAAAGAUUUAGCAAGUAAAUUAAUACUAUAAAAAAAAUAAUAAAAAUAAAAAAAAAGAAAAUACUAUAUAUGAGGGAUAUUUCGAAAAAAAUUAAUAUAGUGGAGAAGGAAUUUUGUAUUAUCAAAAUACAAAUUGUUUUUUUAAAGGAAAAUUUAAAGAUAACUAAAAAUAUGCAGGUAUAGAAAUAUGCCCAAAUGGCGAUAAUUACGAAGGCGAAUAUUAUAAUGAUAAAUAUAACGGUAGAGGUUUUUUACAUAAUAUGACAAUGCAUUAUAGAUAUGAAGGUAAUUUUUUAAACGGAUUAAGACAUGGAUAUGGUAAGGAAUUUUAUAAAAAUAAUUCAUUUUAUGAAGGAGAAUUUAAAUAUAAUUAAAAAUAUGGUAAAGGUAAACUUAUAUUUAUAGAUGGGAGUUAUUAUUAAGGAGAUUUUGUAAAUGGUAUGUAAUGUGGAUUUGGUAUUCAUGUUGCUAAAACUAAAGAUUCCAUUGCAAAUUUAAAAUUAGUUAAUGCUUAAAAUUAGAAAAAUAUUAAUUUUUAAGAUGAAGUUAUAAAUAGUAUCGACAUUUAAAAUGAAUUCUAUUAUGAAGGCGAGUUUUUAGAUGGCUAUAAACAUGGAAUCGGAAGGUAUUUCGAACCUAAUGGAUCGUAUUAUUAUUGUAGGUGGGAAUAUAAUAGAAAAGUUGGAAGUAUUUUAUAUUAUAAUGCUAAUAAUCAUUCUCAUAGCAUUUUUAAUUAUAAAAAUAUUGAUAAUUGUGUAGAUCAUUUUAUUAAUCCAUUCCUAGAUAAAAACUAAGAUAAUAUAAUAUGGGAGUUUAAAAAUGCUCCAGGUUAUCCUACAUAUGAUAUUGAUUGUUGCAAAGCAAGAAUUGAUGAUUGUGGAAUAUCUGGAGAAAAAUUCGAAGAUCCUCAAUUUUAAAUAAAUAUAUAGAGUAUAUAAUACGAACUAGAUGAUUUUGAAGAUGAUUUAGCAUGUUCUCUUUUGAGAAUUUCAGAAAACUAAUAUAAAAACAGGGAAUUGUUCAGUAAUCCUAUAAGACCUAACUAAAUAAUUUUUAAUGAACUUUCAGAUUAUCAAUUAGUUACAGUAUUAGAAGCAUUAACAUAUUUUCCAUAAUUAUAUACAAAAAUAUUUACUAUUAAAUAUGAAAUUGAUUAAGUAGGAUUUUUUAUUCUGAAAUAAUAUAUAGACUGUCAAUGGAAAGAAAUAGCAAUAGAUGAUUAUAUUCCUUGUAUGGACAAUAAGUAUGAAAAAGUAGUAUAUUCAACAAAUAAAGACUUUGAUAUAGGAUGGAUAAUAAUAUAGAAACUUUUUAGUAAAUUAAACUAAUCAUAUUUUUAUCAUUUAAAAUAAAACAAACUGAGAAGAUAUGCAGAUUAAAUUCUUUAAUAAUUUACUGCUUUACCUUCUAAACAUAUAAAAUGGAAUGAAUUAACACUUCCUUAGGCUAUUAUAGACAUGGAAGAGACACUUCAUAAGUUUUUUUAAAAUGAAGAUAAUGAAAUUAAAAUUUGUUAUUUAAAACAGAGUUUUUUUAGUAAAGAUGCUAAAGUUCCAGUUAAUUUUCCUUUUAUUAUCCUGGAUUAUAUUUUUCUUAAUGAACCUAUUAAAUAUAGGAAUGCAAAAGUCGACAGAUUUUUACUUUUAAAAUGUAUAAAAAAAGAAUAUACACUUUUUAAAGAUAAAGAAAUUAAUAAUGAGAACUUUUUUUAAAAAAAUAAUGAAUUAUAUAGCUAUCUAUAAAAUAUAAAUAUAUAAUAUUUAUAUAUAUUUCUUACAAUUACUUUAUAUUUAGGUUUAAAUUAAUUCAUUUUAUUAUUUUCGGAUAUUUUUAUAUUAUAAGGAGUUAAAUUAAAUAUAUAAAAUAGUUUUUAUGUUAAAGAAACAAUAGGGGAUUUCCAAAAUAAUGACUUAAAAUAUUUUUUUAAAUUUAAUUUAAAUUUACCAACAAAAAUUUUAAUUAAUAUUGAAUAAAAUAGAAAUUUAUUAAAUUAAAGAAAAUCUUCUAAUUUUAAUUUUUAAAAUUUUCCUAUAAGAAUUUUACUUUCUCUUUUAAAAAACGAUAAACUUAAAUAUAGAAAAAAUGUAAAUUUAUAUUUUUUUAUUUUUUCUUAGAAAAAUAAAAUAAUAAAAAUAAAGUAUUUAAAAGAAAAAUUCAUUAAAAAAUUGGAAGAAGAAGUCUAAUUUUAACAUUUAAAAUAAAUAAAAAAUUAAUAAUUUGAUAAUAAAAAUAAAUAAUAUCCAUAUAAAUAUAUAUUCGGUAAAGGUUAAAUUUAAGACCGAAAUACAUUCAAAACAGUUAAUUUAUAAGCAGGAACUUAUAUUUUUAUGGUAUAGUUAGAAGUUCCAGAUUCUAAAGAAAUAAAAGGGAAACAAUAAAUACUAAUAGAUUUCAUAAUAAAUAUUUUUAGCACAAAUUUAAUAUAAAUUUAAAGAAUUUAUUUAAAUUAAGAUUUAUUUAUUUCACAAAUAUAUGAAGGAUUAAUAAUUAGAGCUGAUAAAAUUUAUUAAAAAUCAGGUAAAAAAGAACCUCCUAAUUUCCAAAAAUCCGAUUUGAGUGAAAGGGAUAAUGGAAGUGAUGAUAUUAUUAUUUGCCAAUAUUAUCUAAAAUCCGAAGGAACUUAUUUAUAGUGGCUUUCAAAUAAAAGUAAUGAUAAAAGUUGGAGAUAAAAAUUAUAUUUUAGAACCGAAAAUAUGAAAAUAAUAGAUUAGAAUGAUUGUUAUAAAGUUGAUCUACAUUUAAUGCCUAAUACUGAAAAAUUAAUAAUUGUUUAAUAAAUUAAAGCAUUACCUUACAAUCUUGAAGGAGGAGAAGGUAUUUGUAUUAUUGAUAAAAUUAUUAGAUAAUAAUAAUCGGAUGAGGAAGAAGAAGAGGAUAAAGAAGAAAUGAAAAAUUGA